ACGCUGUCUGUGUUUGUGUUUUUUGUGUCCUGUCAUCCCCGCGACCCUUACCUCCUCUCAUCACCCUCACCUCCUCUCAUCACCCUCACCUCCACUCGACCAUACACUUGACCAUCCACUUGACCUUGCAUCUCAUCUCGACACUCGCGUCAUCACCAUGUGGCGUUCGUUGAUUGAUACGUACACCAAGCGCAUUGAGCAAGAUGUUGGCGGCGUCGGGUUGCUGGAGAAGCUUGUCAUGUAUGCAAGCCAGCUGACGCCAACAAUCUCAAGCAGUGAUGAAGUCUUCUACACAUUCUCCACGCUGUCGCGGCUGCUGCGCCUGGGCAACGAUGCACUGCUCUCGCGGGCGACGACGAGCAUGUCCUCAUAUCCGGGCACGCGGCCGGAUCCGCUGCAGCUGCGGCUCAUCACCCUCCUCGCCAUAUUGGAGGAUGUCGACGUGCUGCUUGAGGUGCUGGCGCGUCGCGUCGGCGAAGAGAAACUGCAGCGCAGGAUGGUCGUCCUCAUUGAAAUCAUCAGGGCUGCGAGUCGGGGUGUGCUGCUGCUGAAGCACGGCAACCACACGUUCUCGCCCUCAGCCGCCCUGCAGAUCAACAGAGAGGCGCUCACGUGCGAGGACUGCGCACAGGGGCAACUGCUGGUGGACGGGCUGUGCCGCGUGUGCGAUAAGGAAUUCUUUCAGCAGUACACACAGCGCAAGGCAGCCGGCACACUGGACGACUUGGCGUGCCCAGGGUGCCACGAAUACGUGGAUGUGUCUGAGCUGUGCUCGUGGUUUGAGGAGCGCGGGCCGCGGUCGGGCGUGACGAUGACGGCGACACGACAGGAAGAAAGCAUCAUUGGGGGCCACAACUGCCGCAUGUGCCGUCUCCGCCAAUCCCGCGCUUUCAAGGCUGCCUCGGCCUACAAGCUCAUGCGCGAGAGACAAACAAAAGGCCUGGUGAGCAGUGCGCUGACGCUGCCGCUGCUGUGCGCUGAAGGACUUGACAUCAUCCGCCCCUCUGUCCAUCUUGCGCUGCAGGGGCUGCUGGGGCGCAAGUCGUGGACCGCGUACGGCGUCUCGCUCCUCGUCGACAUCAUUGUCACGUAUCUUCGUGCCGCGCAAUUCAAACAUCUGCGGCCACACGAGCGGCGGUGGCACAAACGCCGGGCCCUGCUGCUCAUCAAAUACCUCAUCCGAACGCCCGUCCUCGAAGACAUCACAAGCCCGCGUGUGGAGUCUGUGAUGGUGUUUGUGCGGCGUUUUGUUCCGCUUGGAAACAUUGCCGCGUCCUCCGUCACGUCGCAGCUCUCCUCCAUGCAGUCCCUGCACACACUCCAGUGGUCUGACAAGCUCGUCUGAUGCUCGCUGCUGUUGGUGACUGGUGCCACUGAAUGGUGGUGGUGACUGGUGGUGACUGGUGGUGAUGACAAUGUUGUGAUUGGUGUGGCCGUCACCAUUGUUGUGCGUUGUUCACGUUGAUGGAAUGUGUGCGCAUUCGUUCGUUCGUUCGUUCUCCCCUUUGUCGUCUUCAUGCGUUGUGUGCACUCCGCACAUGCUCUGUUACGUGUUCCUUUACACUUGUUCCUUCAUGUGCACCCGACUAAACAGCCGCGCGAACCAGACUGCACAGCAGACAACAGCGUGGGCAAC